AUGCAUCGAGCCGCAAUUCUAUGCCAGCUCGCACUAUGGAUCUCUGGAAUUCAAGCCGUCGUCCCACCCACGCCAGGGCAAUCCCCAGUUGAGGUCGACGCAUCACGGAAGCGUGAUGUUGAGGCCCGCGAUGCUGUUGGGCCUUUGGGGUUUGUGACUUUUAAGAUGGUCAAGGCAAUUCAGGACAGCAACGACCAACCCAUAACAGACAAGGUCACCCGGAUGGCCCACGGUUUGGCCAAGAAAUAUGGCACGGAGCUGCCAUCUCGGACAGAUCAUUCAGACGCGACACUGGUCGGCAGGGAAAACACAUACAGCGUCGUGCAACCGAUCACGCCGACGCAGAGUAACAGUGCGGGAGUUUACCAAGACGGGACAGAUUACUCGUACUUUAUUCAGGCACACCUCGGCUCUGCGGGUACACCAAUGUAUAUGCUUAUUGACACGGGGGCCAGUACGACGUGGGUCAUGGGCUCGGGUUGCAAGUCCGACGCCUGCAAGAAGCACAACAACUUUGGCUCGGAGGACUCCAAGACAUUCAAGGACACGGGCACUCCCUUUUCAGUCGAGUAUGGCUCGGGCGAGGUCAGCGGCGAGAUCAUCAGCGACAGCAUGAAGGUCGCUGGCUUGAGCGUUCAGUAUUCCUUUGGGCUCACCAACGUCACCUCGGACCAGUUUUCCUCUUUCCCAUUCGACGGUAUUCUGGGCCUGGCGAGGAGCACGGGCAACUUCAACGAUGCUUUGAAGGACGCAAAGCUGAUCGGUUCCAACAUGUUCGCCGUUUCGCUCUCGAGAAGCUCCGAUGGUACCAACGACGGCGAGAUCACCUUUGGUGCCACCAACCCCGCUAAAUAUACCGGAGACAUCACCUACACCUCGGUGACCGACAAGGUCAGCUGGUCGAUCCCCAUGGACGAUGUUACCGUGAGCGGCAAAUCAGCCGGCGUCAAGGGCAAGAAUGCCUACAUCGAUACUGGCACGACGUAUGCCUUCGCCGCACCCGCUGACGUGGCGGCCGUGUACAAGAUGAUUCCGGACUCGAAGAGCAGCGACGGGGGCGUCACGUGGACUUUCCCCUGCGAUACGACCGCGACUGUUGCGCUGACUUUCUCGGGCAAGUCGUUCUCCAUCAACGCCAACGACCUGAAGGCGUCAAGCGGUGACAACAACCGCUGUACCGGCAGCAUCUUUGGCAUGGAAGUCGUUUCUGGGUCGUGGUUGCUUGGGGACACUUUCAUCAAGAAUGUCUACACUGUCUUUGACAUUGACGGGUCACGAAUUGGCUUCGCCUCCAAAGCCGCCGGCUCAGGGGCCGUUACCACCACCCCGACAACAGCGGUUGUCUCGACGGUCAUGUCGGACGGCAAGACUACGCUUACGACCGUUACCUCGACCAGCAAGGCAACCAGUGUACCGAACAUGGGUUUCACUGGCGGACACGCCACGACAACGGGGGCCAGCAACCCGACCGGCACUGCCGAGAACGCCAACACUGCGUCAUCUACGGGUGCCUCUCCAGCAGGAAGAUACCAUGUACAAGGCAUGCUCCUCGCGAUAGUGAGCAUCGUCUCCAUCAUCGCAAUAGCGAUAUGA